UGCCAGAGGGGUUGCCUGGAAACGGCGGAAACGUUUGGGCGCAGCAGCGAUGGAGAAGUAUGAGAAAAUCAAAGUUGUUGGAAGAGGAGCUUUCGGGAUUGUUCACCUGUGCCGCAGGCGCAGCGACGCGGCCUAUGUCAUCCUUAAGGAGAUCCCGGUGGAGCAAAUGUCACGAGACGAGCGUCUGGCAGCACAAAACGAGUGUCAGGUGUUGAAACUGCUCAACCACCCAAAUAUUAUAGAGUACUAUGAGAACUUCCUGGAAGACAAGGCCCUAAUGAUAGCGAUGGAAUAUGCUCCAGGUGGGACGCUGGCUGACUACAUACAGAAGCGAUGUAACUCGCUACUGGACGAAGACACCAUCCUUCACUUCUUUGUGCAGAUCUUGCUCGCCCUGUACCAUGUUCACAACAAGCUCAUCCUGCACAGGGACCUCAAGACUCAGAAUAUUCUUCUUGACAAACACCAGAUGAUUGUCAAAAUCGGAGACUUUGGCAUCUCCAAGAUCCUCGUCAGCAAAAGCAAAGCUUACACGGUUGUCGGGACCCCUUGCUACAUCUCCCCGGAGCUGUGUGAGGGAAAGCCGUAUAACCAGAAGAGUGAUAUCUGGGCUUUGGGCUGUGUGCUGUAUGAGCUAGCAAGCCUCAAGAGAGCCUUUGAGGCUGCUAAUCUCCCCGCCCUCGUUCUGAAGAUCAUGAGCGGCACCUUUGCUCCGAUCUCAGACCGUUACAGCCCAGAACUCCGACAGCUAAUUCUCAACAUGCUCAAUUUGGAUCCAUCCAAACGGCCUCAACUCAAUGAAAUAAUGGCUCUCCCCAUAUGCAUCAGGCCCCUGCUUAACCUCUACACAGAUAUAGGAAAUGUAAAAAUGCGCAGGAUUGAGAAACCUCUGUCUACGGUGCAAACUGGUCCUCAAGGUAGACCAGGAGGGAGAGUUCCUGCCAACAGGUCAAGAGACAGAUCAGUUGGUUUAGGACCAGGAAAGGUGCAUUCCCUCCCGCUGUCUUCUGUGUAUACGUGGGGAAGUGGCAUCUCGACCCCUCUCCGCCUCCCGAUGCUCAACACGGAAGUGCUUCAGGUCUCUCUGGGCCGCACUCAAAAGAUGGGUGUGACCAAGACUGGCCGUUUGAUUACAUGGGAGGCUCCAUCAGUGGGGUCCUCUGAGGCCAGUCUUCCUGGUGUGGUGGAGCAGAUCCAGCCUCAGUUUAUUUCUCGCUUCCUCGAGGGUCAGUCUGGAGUCACCAUCAAGUCUGUGUCCUGUGGUGAUCUCUUUACCACCUGCAUGACAGACAGGGGCAUUAUCAUGACGUUUGGUAGUGGAAGCAACGGCUGUCUAGGACACGGGAACUUCAAUGAUGUAACACAGCCCAAGAUAGUGGAGGCUCUGCUUGGUUACGAGCUCAUUCAGGUGUCCUGCGGUGCUUCCCAUGUUCUCGCUGUGACCAAUGAAAGAGAAGUUUUUGCCUGGGGAAGAGGAGACAAUGGUCGCCUCGGGCUCGGCACCCAGGACACCCAUAACUCUCCACAGCAAGUGUGUUUACCUGGCGACUUUGAAGCCCAGAGGGUGGUGUGUGGAGUUGACUGCUCCAUGAUUAUUAGCAACCAGCACAGCAUUGUGGCAUGUGGAAGCAACAGGUUCAACAAGCUUGGCCUGGAUAUGAUCACAGCUGGAGAGGAACCGAAUCCCUUGAAUCAAGUGGAAGAAGUUCAUUCUUACACUCCAGUCCAAUCAGCCCCACUCAACACUGAGAAGAUUGUUUACAUUGACAUUGGAACGGCGCAUUCUGUCGCUGUUACAGAAAAUGGUCAGUGUUUCACCUUUGGCAGCAACCAGCACGGUCAAAUUGGCUCCAGCUCCCGACGUAGCAGCCGUGCCCCCUGCAAAGUGUCUGGCCUGCAGGGCAUCACUGUGGCUGCCUGUGGUGACGCCUUCACCUUAGCCAUAGGAUCUGAAGGGGAGGUGUACACGUGGGGCAAGGGGGCCCGUGGCCGUCUGGGAAGAAAAGAGGAGGAUUCUGGGAUACCAAAGCCAGUGCAGCUCGAUGAAAGUCACCCGUUCGUGGUGACAUCGGUGGCUUGUUGUCAUGGCAACACCCUGCUGGCAGUGAAACCUCUGCUCGAGGAGGCCAUCUCCAGAUGAUCUUGUCUUGAAAAAUAACCCACUCUGCGGCCAUCGUGAGACCCGACAGCAGACUGUGGAGGAGGACCGCUUCCUCCUAGAGACCCAUCUGUGCUGAAUUUAGAAAGAUUUCCUUUCAAACCCCAGCUGCAGCCUCAGCCUUUCUCUCUCUAUCUAUUUUUCUUUCAGGUGUUUCAUUCAAUGGUUUGAUUUCAUGGUGCAAAGCACAAAAAAAGGUCACAGCCUUGCUGCAGGUUUUAUCUCACAUCAGGUCGGUGAAAGGAAUGUUGCAACACAGAUACUGAAGCUAGAUUACAGGAAGUCAUUAGGCUGGGCUCAUGCAGUGAGCUAUUGUGCGCUCUCAUGUGCAGUGUCAGCACAAGAAAGACCAUUAAAAGGUCAAACUGGUUUGAGCUCUCUCAAGCAGCCGGUCAAUGAAACGAAAAGAAUGAAGCCACUUGAGCGUUCAUCAGACAAAUGAAGUCAGCACCACGUCAGUGGUCACUUUGCGAUUUAUUGGAUUACAGCGGUGUUCGAACCACAUAACGACGGACCGAGCUGUGUCUGAAACCACUCGCUUGUUCGCUCAUUCACUUUUGUAAGAUAAACAGCAGUUCAAUGAGAGGAGUGAAAGGAGAUUUCAGACUGUUUACUGACUGCAGCAGGAAAUGGUGCACAUGCUGGGCUGUUUUCAUUCCAGUGUAGGACUCUGAACAGCAGAUGAAGUUCACAGUUUUAUCAUUAUUGUCCUUGUAACUCAUUGAAAUCAUGUUGCUGUACAGAACAGUGUGAAAACUGUUCAUGUGAUGACCAAAAUCAAAACCUGCCAAAGUGUUCAGAGUACAGUAACUAUUUCAUUCAAUGCCUCACUCUGAUGCAGACACAACCAUGCUGAAAAGGGUUAACGACAAAUGAAAAUACCACAAUGUUGAAAAGCCCCCAUUGUAGUAAAUAAAGACAAACUACACCGCCUCAAUUUAA